AUGCAUGCAUACAUGCAGCGUCCUCUGGCGAUGUACAGCAUGGGAAGGCAGGAGGACAUGUCCUGCUGGAGCUUGGAGAAGUUGAAAGGAGAAGAACAUGCAGGCAGUGUCAAAGCUUGUUUUCUGAUGACAGAUAAAAAGGAGAUGGCCCAGCUCCAGGAAAACAUCAAUGGCAUCACUGCUGCUUUCUACACGUGUGCCAGAAGCGACAGCAACUGCAGCCCUCUGAGCAGGGAGGAGCUGAGGCAGCUCAUUGAACAGUUCACGGGAUGCGAUGGAGGGCUGGCAGGAACCCUCCAGGACCCCAAAACCAUCAAGAAGGUGCUGUGCUUCCUGGAUGAUAACAGCAACUGCAGCGUUGUCUUCACCCAGGACACUGAGACACAGCACCCAGCCAGCCAUCAAAUCCAGGAAGGCGAGACACAGGAGCAGGACCAGGACACUGAUCAAACCCAGGAGCGUGAGACAGCAGAGCAGGACCAGGACACCCACCAAGAUGAUGGGACUGAAGCACCAGAAGGGGAUCCAGAGAGAGCUGAGAUCCUGGACACUGCAACCCCAGAGCAGGACAAGAAUACCCAUAAGGCUGAAGAGACUGAGGCACCAAAACAGGACCCAAAAACCCACCAGGCCCAAGAAACUGAGGCACCAGGACAGGGUUCAAACCACCAUCAGAGCCCAGAGACAGAGUCAGCAGAGCAGAACCUGAAUUGUCCCUCGGAGACACGAGGAAGAGACCCAAACAACAAGACCCAGGUCUGCAAGGCCCUUUGGCAGGACCGCAAUCCCAGCAAGACCCAGAAGCUGCUGCCCCCACAGUGGGGUGCAAGCCCCCAUUGGGAUCCCAAGCCCCAGGAAACAUGCCAUAACCCAACUUGCCAUCAGCUUCCUGAAUCCAAGGUGCUGGAGCAGAAGCACAGCAGGGCAGACGCUCCGUCUUGUCCAGCACAACAGCAACAAGACGCUCCUCACCAAAGACAACCUACUACAGAGCAACAGCUCCUGCAGUCUCUGUAUAUCAGUGGCCACCACAGCAGUAAAGGUUGAAACAAGCCCCCAUCUAAGUGAGGCUGUUGCCCCCUGCAUGGAGGUACAUUUUGUCCAGUCCCACUCUGUUUUUUGUAUUUCUAGUUGUCAUGUCUUGUCCAAUUCCUCAUUAAACCUGGGCUUCACACCCCUGGUUUGUACUGAGCUAUGCAUGACUAGAGCCCUUCCCUCUUACUCUUUGUUAGGCUGCCUCUGCCUGUGUAAGCAAAGCAAUAAAACUGAAGGCAAAAGGGCACAGUGUCCCGGUGUGGUGUUGCAAGCAUGCCCUCAGCCUGAGCAAACAGCCAGGUUGACAUGAUGAGGUGCAGAGGACCUGAGCGUCUGUCCCUUGCAUGACAUAUGGCCAGACUGCUCCAGGGUGCAGAUGGAGGGAUGGCUGCAGAGAGGCAGGUGUGUCUUGGGGAUGGAUAGCCUAAAGGAACUGCUGCUCAGCUGCCUUUGCAAUUUAGCCGAGGUGAAUCAAUUGCUCCCUACGGGCAGGGAUGUGACAUCCCUGUGAGAGAUGUCUUCAGAGAGGGUAGAAGUCUGGCUUAACACAACAGCAUGGCCGACCUGAACAGAUCCUUCACAGCAUCCAUCUGCUCCAGGCGCUUUUC